CCGUAAACUGUGGGUGAUGAUCCAUACAAGAGACACAGAUAUUUUGCUAGUAAUGGCAGCGGCUCUGCUCUUUCCUCUUCUCUCACCCAAUUCUCUUUCAUCAUCUUCUUCUUCUUCUUCCCUUUUUAAGAAUGAUAAAGCCUUUCUGUAUAACUAUGUCUCACCGCUUCGCUUCAAGUCAGAUUUGAAGCACUUCAGAGUCGAAGCUCUCAAAGAAAGAGCAGAGGAAGCCAAAACGACCCCUACAUCUGCUGAAGAAGUUACGGAGAAGUUCGGCCUCGAAGUUGGCCUCUGGAAGAUAUUUAGCUCGAAAGAGAAAGGUGAUGAAGGGAAAGGAGAGAAGUCCAAGGGGGACCAAGCAAAAGAAUUGUUAGCAAAAUACGGAGGAGCAUACCUGGCGACAUCCAUUACUCUCUCCUUGAUUUCCUUCUCCCUCUGUUACAUCCUCAUCAGUGCAGGGAUUGAUGUCCAAUCUCUGUUGCAGAAGGUGGGAAUCCCUGCUUCUGAGACCGGAGAAAAGGUCGGAACAUUUGCUCUGGCAUAUGCUGCACAUAAGGCUGCAUCUCCAAUCAGGUUUCCUCCCACAGUAGCUCUCACUCCCAUUGUUGCCGGCUGGAUUGGGAGGAUAGUCCAGAAAGACAAGUGAUUUGUUGUAUUGGUAUUCAUGAAGUAAGCACACCAGAUGGGAUCUAUCGAUUUGGGCAAAUUUAGCUUUUUAUGAGUUUAAUGGAGUAAGAUGGAGUUCAAUUAUUUGCUUAUGAUGGCAUAUGAUUGUGUUGAAUUUGUUUAUCCUUCAUGACUCCUCUUUUGUUGCAUCUGGCACGAGAUGAAAAGGAGAGAGCUUCGUCUAGUAAUAACAAUGGAUUGACGAAGCUCUUGGCAUUACUUUGUUUUUCUCCUUUCUUAUCAGCAAUUUCAGAUCCUUCUGUUUGAAAUUUCUUUGUUUGUACCAAA